GAGCUUGUGUGUGUGAUACAUUCAUUAUCCAAUCCAAACUGCACUCAGCCUCAGCCUUUUUUCCACCCGGACACGAACGAAUCCCUUCGAAUAUCUCUCCUUCUCUCAAACCCUCUCUCCUAGAUCUUCAUCCACCCCCCCCCCCACCACACACACUCAUCACCACCAUCCAUUGCUUUUACUCGCCACUUUGAAGCUGGCCUCUUUACCCAUCCAGAGCUCAACCUUACUUUCUCUGUCAAGCUUGCCGCAAACCCUCUACGGGCCCUGUUGGACCUGUGUAGUCGUCACUGUUUCGUGAUCGGCGGUUGAACUCCGUGUCGCCCAAUAUGCUGUUGCUGAGGGUUUGGGCUCUUGCGGCUUUUUGGCUGGCCACGGUAAGCCUCCGCUUUACCUUUUAUCCUUCUAAUCGGAGCUUGAUAACUGAUCUAUAUCGCGUCACUUGUAGCAAGCCCUUGCGAAGAGAUCUCCCGAGGUUUCGAAAGCCAAGCUCGAAAACUUACCAUCGGUGUUCUUCUAUUUCGAUGAUAGUCCGGUAAUGGGAGUCCCAGGCUCGUCCUUCAAGCGGUUGGGACUGACUGGCCGUGGUCAACUAGGUGAUAUUAACAUUGGACUCGCACGCAAACAACGUAUGGCGAUCCGACGACGAUGGAAAGUCCUGGCACAAGGUUGGGGGGGUACCCGACGGCGCUGCCUGGGAUAUCACGGAGCAUCCCUUUGAUAAAAAACGGGCCUUUAUAUUUGGAGAAGGGAAUGAGCAUUGGUACACCGAGGAUCGGGGCGCGAAAUGGCACAAAUUCAAAUCCGAAGUCCCGCUCUCGCUUACCCAGCCACCUCUUAUAUUCCACGCCAGGCAGCCCGAAUGGAUACUUUACUCUGGCAGGAUUUGCGAAGAUGAAGAUGAUUUCUUUGGACUUUCUUGCAAGGAAGUGGUGAGUUGCUGCUAUAGCAUCCGAUACCCCCGGGGAGAGGGUUCCUUUGUUGAUGAACACCGAGUGAUAGACUUAUUACACGAAAGAUGGGUUCGACAGCGAAAUGAAGAAGCUGAGGGAAGGCACACAUGGAUGUGUGUUCGCUCGCGGUAGCCCGAUCUUCAAGGCUGUGAAAGAUGAAACAGUUCUCUGCAUCGUCAAUGGCGACACGGCCUACACAGAAAGCCGGAAGCUGCUCGUGUCCGAUAAUUGGUUCAAAGAUUCCGAAGAACCGAAGCUGGAUGGCUACAAAACUAUCAAUGGAUUGGCUGGGAUUGCGGGAAUCCAGAAGUUCAUUGUGGCUGCGGUAAAAACCCGCGGCACGGACGAGAUGGCUUUGUGUGUUACCCCUGGGUCUUGUCGGUGCUAUGCUUUCACUUUCGCUUACUGUGUUACAGAUAUGUCACGGACGACACCAAGACCUGGCAUCGUGCCGAAUUUCCCCACGAUCAUGGCGGCCUCAGGGAGGAUGCGUACACAGUUUUGGAAUCUACGCCGUACAGUAUCCAGGUGGAUGUACUUACGACGAGGGCAAUGAAUCCUAUGGGAUCGUUAUUCACCAGUAAUUCAAAUGGGACAUACUUUACGAGGAAUUUGGAUCAUACCAACCGCGCGGUUGAAGGAUUGGUCGAUUUCGAGCAAGUUGCCAACAUUCAGGGAAUUGUCUUGGCGAAUGUGGUGAAGAAUGCGGAAAGAGUUCUUGAGAAUCCUACUGUCCGCAAAGAGAAACAGUCUUUGAUCUCCUUCGAUGAUGGCAAAUGGGGUACUUGGGUGCCGCUGAAGGGGCCUGACGACAAGAGGCUAAAUUUGUACUCUGUCACCGCACUGGCAGAUGGCGGUCGUAUUUACUCCAGCCCUGCCCCGGGUAUCCUUAUGGGUGUUGGAUCGCUUGGGGGUCAUUUGGCGGAAUACAGGGACUGUGACCUUUUCUAUUCCGAUGAUGGGGGAUUGACUUGGGGGAAGGCCCUGACGGACGCUCACAAAUACGAGAUUGGGGGAUCUGGCUCAGUAAUGGUUGCUGUUAAUGAUGAAGAUAUGACUGAAAAAGUGAGAUAUUCGACCGACCACGGAAAGAACUGGGAAGAGGUUAAGCUGGAUGAGAGAAUCCGUGCGAGACUGCUCACCACUACGCCUGACUCCACGACUCUCAAGUUCACCCUGAUAGGGACUACGAGGGACAAGAAGCCGUAUGUCUUUGCCCUUGAUUUCUCCGGGGUCUUUGAGCGCAAAUGCAAACUCGAUAAGGGCAGCGAGGACGGUGACUAUGAGAAAUGGUAUGCUCGUUUGGAUGAGGAGGGCAAACCGGAUUGCCUCAUGGGACACAAACAAUAUUUCUGGAGGCGGAAGCCCGGGGCAGAUUGCUACGUUGGGGAAGAUUAUAAGGAUCCAGAACCCGAACAGGAAGUCUGUGAAUGCACCAAGCAUGAUUUUGAGUGCGAUUUCAACUAUGUUCGGGAGAAAGGGGGGAAGGAUGAUAAUUGUGUACCUGCUAGGGGUGUGAAACUGUCGAUCCCCCCCGGAGAAUGUAAAAGGAACGAGGAUACCUAUAUGGGCCCCAGCGGUUAUCGUAAGAUCCCGGGUAAUGACUGCGAGGGUGGGGAAAAUCUUGAGGGUAAGGUCGAGAGGAAGUGCGAUGAAGGUUGGUCUAAAUCACCUAUACUAGUCACAUGUUUGCAAUAGCAAAGAGCUAACAGGAGUCUAGUCACUACAACGCCUUCCAAUGGAAGGGUUACUGAUGUAAAGACUUCCUUUGCUGGAAAGCGGGUUGCGGAAUACUUUUACCUUGAGAACGCAGAGAGUGCUUCUAAAUCGGACGAAGUAAGUCAUCUAUCACUACUUUCCAUAUUGCCUUUCCAAAAACUUAUGGUUUCAGACUAUUAUCAUGAGAACAGAAGAACAGGAGGUAUGGAUUACUAAGGACCAUGGCGCCACAUGGAAACGGGUCCUUGAUGACGUCAAUGUCGUUUCAAUCUACCCUAACGCCCACCUCUGGGAUUCUGUGUACUUCAUCACUCCGGAUGCUGAAGUUUGGUACACACUCGACCGGGGCGAAAACAUCAAGCAGAUGACAUCCGUCAAGACCAAACCAAAUCGCAAAGGCCUUCAGGUUAUCGACUUUCAUCCGACCAAGCGGGGUUGGCUCAUCUGGACUGGUCAGAAAGAUUGUGAUUCGCCCUCCACGUGCCAUUCCGUCGCCUAUUUUACCAAGGAUAAUGGGGAAGAGUGGCAUCAAUUGCUUACCUACGUCGGUACUUGCAAAUGGAUUCGCACCGAGAAACAGCAAGAGUCCGAAAAGCUUAUAUUCUGUGAGCACUUCGAAAGCGAAAAGGGCAAUGGAGAGGGCAACAUAGAAUUGGUGGCUAGCAACAACUUCUUUGAGGAUAGCCGUGUCAAGUUUGAUAGCAUCAUUGGUUAUGCAACUAUGGCUGAGUUUAUCAUUGUGGCAAGCAUCAACGAAGACGGAACCUCACUCAAGGCGUCAGCAUCUAUUGACGGAAAUGUCUUUGCGGAGGCUGCCUUCCCACCUAAGUUCAACGUCCCCCACCAAACCGCAUAUACGGUUCUUGACUCUGAGACCCACGCUGUUUUCCUUCACGUCACCGUCAAUCCCAGGAAGGGCUUUGAGUUCGGCAGCUUACUAAAGUCUAACUCCAAUGGAACCCACUAUGUCUUGUCGUUGGAUUCAGUAAACCGCAACGAGGAGGGUUUUGUUGACUUUGAAAAAAUGAAAACUCUCGAAGGAGUUGCUAUCGCCAACCGCGUCGUGAACGCCGACAAAGCGGCCGACGGCGAGAAGAAGAGACUGAGGAGUAUGAUCACGCACAACGAUGGAGCAACAUGGGAAUAUAUCUCUGCGCCAAAGAAGGACGCAGAUGGCAAGGAUCACAAACUCUGUGACACUGGUGACAGGGAGAGGUGUUCACUCAACCUUCACCAUUACACCGACCGGGUUGACCCUAGAGAUACCUUUGGCUCGGGGUCUGCUGUUGGAUUGAUGAUGGGUGUCGGAAAUAUUGGGGACGCCCUAACUGGUUAUAAGGAUGGUGAUACAUAUCUCACUCGAGAUGGCGGCGUCACCUGGAAGCAAGUUAAAAAAGGACAAUACCAAUGGGAAUACGGCGAUCAAGGCUCUAUCAUUGUUUUGAUUGAAGACAACGCACUCACCGACAAGGUUCACUACUCACUCGAUGAGGGCGAGAGCUGGACUGAAUACGUAUUUGCGGGUAACAAUGAUGAGAAGAUGCGUGUAACAGAUAUUUCGACUUUGCCCAGUGACACGAGUAGGAAGUUCAUUCUCUGGGGCACUAGAGAGGGCGACGGGAACAAGUUUUGGACUGUGCAGUUGGACUUUACGGGACUUACCGAUGUUGAAUGUAAGGGUUACACUUCGGUUUUCUUUUUUCCCCGAUUACUAACCUCGAGGGUAAAGGUGAUUUGAAGGAUGGCGAUGGCGCUGAUAGCGACGAUUUCGAGCUAUGGUCACCUGAACAUCAAGAUGGAUGUUUGUUUGGACAUCACGUGCAAUACAAUCGCAAGAUCCGCACACACAACUGUUAUAUCGGGAGGGUAAUUAAGCAGCCACACAAAAUUUUGGAGAACUGCAAGUGCACUAGACAUGACUAUGAAUGGUUUGUACCACCCCUCUGCCCCCCCCUCCUAUAAGACAACGGCCAACGAAUAAAUAAAUCUAGUGAUUUCAACUAUCAACGAGACAAAGACCAUGCUUGUUAUUUGGUGAAAGGGUUUACACCUCCAGAUCACCAAGCAGUUUGUAAGGAGGAUAAAGAUCUAGCCGAGUACUGGGAACCAACUGGCUACCGACGCCUCCGUCUGACAACCUGCGAAGGGGGUCAGGAGUUGGAUAAGUCCAAAGAACCACAUCCUUGCCCUGGCCAUGAAAAAGAGUUCCAGAACAAACAUGGUGGCGCUCGUGGGUUUGCCCUAUUCCUGGCGAUUGUGGUACCAAUAGCUGCGGCCGCCACGAUUGGAUGGUUUGUUUGGACUCGCGUCCUAGAUGGCAGGUUUGGAGCCAUCAGACUUGGAGAAGACAACAGUGGACAAUCUCCAUUUGUCAGGUACCCGAUCAUCGUUAUAUCCGCUAUUGUGGCUCUAGCAGUUUCGAUCCCGACAAUAUUGGGAGCUAUCGGUUCGUGGGCUUCCAGCAAACUAACGAGGACGAGGCGGUAUACAUCCAGAAGUUCGUUUGCGAGAGGAGCGGACUACUCUGUUGUGAACACAGAUGAGGGAGAGCUGUUAGGAAGUGACGACGAGGAUGAGUUUUGAGAUGAUGAGGGAUGACGUCCUUCGUUGUAGGCACGGGGGUCGUGUUUGGAUUUGGGUUAGGACACAUUAUGGUUUGUAUGGUCCCAGCUUGAAACUUGUGGAUUUUUCUUUUCUUUUCUUUCCCCCACCUCUACCCCUCUCCUUCUCGUAGCGCAGUGGGCUAUAAUGGUUAAGGAUUGGUCGAGGUGGUGUGGGCUAUUACGAGAUGGUGGAAUGACAUGGGGGAUGCAAAUGUGAAUGGCCGGCAGAGUGGGAGUUAUUUUUCAUGUAUUUUGCAUCUGUUUGUGGGCAAAUUUCAUUUGUUGGGUUUUCGUCUUUGGGUCCUUUGAUAUCGGGUUUCACGCUGGUUCUCUGUUGUCGUUCUAUCCGUAGAGAAGAUUUCGGUGGUGAGGUGUAGGUCCCAAGUAUUGGGCCCUUGCAGGCUGAGGAAUAAGAGAGGUUUAUGCCAGUUGUUUGAGCGCUGGGCGACUUAUACUCGUAUUAUAGUAUGUAUACCAAGAAGGAAGGGAAGGGUUAUUAAAUUGUUCAAAAAGUCUCAGCAAUCACUCGCCUUCCUCCCCAUCCUCCUCAACCCACCAAGACACCAGUCCCAAUCCCGCCUGCUGGCAGGAGGCCUAGAAAAAACACGCGAUUAGCCCACAGCCGCAAGCACAAGAAGAUAAAAGAGGAAAUCCCACCGUAAUAGCAUACGGCGGCUUAUUAUGCAAACUCGACUCCUCCCCCUUCAAAUGCGGCGGCACGGGCAACUGAUCCACAAAAAUCUCACCCUCAACCCUAAACCUGAUAACCUCGUUCUUAUCCAUAUAAAAGUCCUGAUCAUCAUUAUGCCAUAUCCAAACCUGCUCCUUACCAUCACUAUUCACUCACUCACCGCCACACCGAAAGAAACCCAAAUCAGCCACCCCCUCCUCACCCACCAAGCGAAAGGAGCGGGAAGGAGAAAGCGAUAUCAUCAUACGUACAACCUACUGCCCUCAAACAGCCCGGUAGCCGGCACGAACACCUCGUCGAAAAAGUCCGUGCGAACCUUGACCCCCGCAGCCGUGGCGGAGCUGAUCCGACCCGUGAGCACCUCACCCUUGAAGGGGCGGAACACGAUCAUGCGGAAUUCAACGUUCACGUGGGCGCCCCCGUCCUGGCCGAUCAUGCCCUCCGAGACCUUGGACAGGUCGUAGAGGGAUAUGCAGAGGCCCACGUUGUGCACUACCUUGUUGGCGUAUUUCUCGUUUAUUCUGUCCUCCAGCGCUGUCGCUGUUGGAUGGGCGAAGGUUGGCGGGGGGAGGUGGAGGAGGUCGGUGAAUUUGGACUGUUGGAAGUUGGGGAAGGUGGGAUUAAUUUGGGUUUUUUUUUUUUUUUGUUUUUUCAUGAAGGAGAGGGGGGACGUUACUAGGAUGAACAUUGCUUGGUUAUGGUGGAAGGUGGUGGUGGUGAGAGUAGAGUUGGGGUCAUCGCGGUGUUUUGGAGGGUUUAAGAUUGAUAAUGUAUAAAUAUCAUAAUAUCGUACAGUACCUCUCCUUUUAUUUAAGCUCGCUUGAGGCUCUGUGGCUAACGGUUGCCAAGAUCCAAGUUACCCACUCUCAGCAACCACAACACUGUAUCAUACGACAUACAGUAUAUGAUACCACCGCUACCGCACCGAGUGAGAACAUGUGCACUCAACAGAAUAUAUCGCUGAAAAUUUUGAUCCCUUUAUACCUUUAUAAACCCAACCAACCAAAAAACCUCUUC